GACAAAAAAAAAUUAAAAGGAAGGAAAUAUAUUUGCCGACAUACAUCUGCCGACUCAAAAAAAAUUCAUUUCGUCUUUUGCAAUCCAUUCCUUGACGAACGAGUUUCAAAAAGCUCAUCCCUGAAAGCAUCCAUGGCCCUCACCGAGUUCCUACCUAACGAGUACGGAUAUGUGGCUCUCGUCCUCGUCUUCUACUGCUUCCUCAACCUCUGGAUGGGAGCUCAAGUCGGCAUGGCCCGCAAAAGGUACAAUGUGCCGUAUCCAACUCUAUACGCUAUAGAAUCAGAAAACAAAGAUGCUAAACUCUUCAACUGUGUUCAGAGGGGUCAUCAAAACUCUCUGGAGAUGAUGCCGAUGUACUUCGUACUGAUGAUCCUUGGCGGAAUGAAACACCCUUGCAUCUGCGCUGGUUUGGGUUUGCUCUACAAUAUCACUCGAUUCUUCUACUUUAAAGGCUACUCUACUGGAGAUCCAAUGAAACGCCUCACCAUCGGGAAAUACGGUUUCUUGGGAUUGCUUGGUCUCAUGAUCUGCACCAUCUCAUUUGGAGUUAGUCUGAUCCGUGGUUAAGCCAGUCUUUUGUGAGUUUGAUGGUUCUUUGUGUUUGUUCAUGAACUUUGGAUCCAGUUCUUGUAAGUUGUCUACAGACUUGUGUAAUAAUCAUUGUAAGCUGUCUACAGAGUUGUGUAAUAAUCUUAAGAGUUGUUGCUAUACUUUUUUUUGAAGUUUUUCAUUCAGUUCUUUAUGUAGAACAAUAAAACUUCACAUCCCUAAGCAAAUAUUGCACGUCUUUACCU